AUGAUUCUUUGUUUGACAUUUUUACCUACAGGGGGGUGCGUUAUGCUUCUAAACCUGAGCGCUGGCAGCUCCCAAAGAGACCAGCCCGAGAUGAGGACAAUGGAAAAGUUCUACCGGCGACGGCAAACCCCCCUAGAUGUCCCCAGUCGCCACCUGGACCAAUGUGAGUGGAUUGUCCUCUUUAUUCGACCCAUGAAACUUAAAGUCGGCAGCAUUGCGAACUACUCGUUUGAGAGAGACGCCAUGGGUGAUGAGGAUUGUUUGUUUCUCAACGUGUUCGCUCCAGCAAAUAAGACAAAGCUGCCGGUAUUAUUCUGGAUCCAUGGUGGCGGAUAUGGUCAGGACUGGGCUGCGAACUACGAUUUUUCGACCAUGGCCAAGACAGUAGGUAAUGGUUUUGUGACGGUCAUUAUACAGUACCGACUGGGUGCAUUCGGGUUUGCUUCAUCUGCCGAGAUUGGCCAUUUCGGGAUACCCAACGCCGGUAUCCAAGAUAUGCGUUUUGCGCUCGAAUGGGUGCGGGAUCACAUCCACCUAUUUGGAGGCGACCCUUCACGAGUCACUAUUGCCGGAGAGUCUGCCGGCGGCGGCGGUGUUAUGCUUAUGACAAUGGCGAACGACGGUUCUGACCAAGCCUCACUCUUCCAACGUGCUAUUGUCUCAAGUCCAUAUCUGCCAACGCAAUGGAGACAUGAUGAUAUGCAACCUUCUCAGGCAUACUACGACUUGGCCGCUCGUACAGGCUGCCUAGAAACUACCAUCACGCAGAACGGAAGCGUUUUCAACUGCUUGCAGAGCGUAGAAAGUAACAUUCUGCAAAACGCGAGUGCCUUCGUGAGCAUGGGAACGAGAUGGGGUCAGUGGGCUUUCUUGCCCGUCACUGACGGCAAACUCAUAACCGAAAGACCGACAAAGCAGCUCUCGAAAGCUAGAGUAAACGGUCUGGCUAUCCUCGCUGGGAACAACGCCAACGAGGGCACAUUGUUUGUUCCACCAGACGUGCAAACUCGGGACGACUUCUUGGCCCGCAUACGACUCAACUACCCGCUGCUGACUGAAGAAAACAUCACCACAAUCAUGAGGCUAUACGAAGUUGAGGAGAUCCCACCUAUGGAAUCUCUGUACAGCACCAACGGCUUGACACCCCCACACGCAACGAGUCUCUCGGGAGUGGCAUCAGGCUGGCUACAAGCAGCCUACAACCUUUACGCCGAAGCCACAUUCGUCUGCCCUGCGAUGUUCCUAGCGGAUGCAUUUUCCAAUCGCAGCGAACCUUCCCUCCCUGCGAAGCAAGCAUGGCGCUACCAGUAUUCGCCGCCACCCGCAUUCCACGAUGACGAUCUCGACGUCCUCAUGAAGAGUGUGCAAGGAACCAAUGACACAGAUGGCGCAGAUGAGAGCACUGGCUUCAGAAUUGCCUUCCAGAGUAUCUGGGGUCGCUUCAUCAUCGACGGAGAUCCUACUCUGCAUGAAGACACGGUGUCGAGUGUACGCCAGACAGGAGAAGAUAUUUCUGCGGCGCAGAAGUCGCAGUGGCUGCCGUGGGGAACAAAAAGCUCCUCCUUGAAUAACUCAGACCAUUCAAUGCUGAACCUGAACUUGACACGUCCAAUGGGAGGAAUGACGGAUUUCCAAAUAGUUGAUGGAUUCUCUUGGGAAGGAGGAAGGGGGGACAGGUGUAAGAUCUGGGCAGACUUAGGCCCCUGGGUUCCUGCUUAG